AACAGCUCUGUAAUCAUAAGGUUUGAGAUUUUCUUACGGCUUUCCGGGUGCGAAAACUUUCCGAAACCUUCGAGAAAUGGACCCCAGCGGGCCUUCCCGUCCUCGUAAUAAGGAAAUGAAUACAAAUCGUGACUGGCCUGCAAUUAUCAUAUCACCCAGCUGUAAAUUGACGUCACUAAGGACACCCAAACAAUUCCCUUUAUAAAUUAAAAACCAUCGGUUCUCGAGCGCAGUUUCGUUCUCGAGCGCUGUCUCGUUUCGUUUCGUUUACUUUAGCUCGAGGAGAGCUGCUUUGAGACUGUCUCCAACGUUUUAUGAGUUCCAGUGUGACGAAUUCGAAAUGAUCUGCGUACAGAUUGUGAGAUUGAGAGCCAACCUGAAGAAUUUCUAGGAGUGAUACACAAACUUUUGUUUUAUUACAUAAGUUUGACAGUAUUUAACUCAAUUUGAGAUAAAUACAUACCUCCUGAAGGCCCGUAUUCAAAGCAUUGGAAGGCAUUCGGGACUCUCUUUGUCCGCUAUCUUGAAUUUCUUGGUUUGUUCUGAAAUACAACACUCCAACCAAAACACGCAUUCUCAUUGGGUGAAACGCGAGUUUCGUGACAUCACAGAUGUCCUAAUUUAAUCGGGAUUUCCGGACUGAUACAUGUGUUUCACUUGCGUUUUCGACGGAAUCAACUGUAAGAGACAAGAAGUAUAAUUAUCUAUAAAUCGUUUUAAAAGGAGCUUAAAGGGGUUGACGGGACAGCAAACGCACCUGUCGGCGAUCGAUAAACUAUACACCUCGUCAGGUGAGAUUACCUUGUUCAGUACGCGUCAGGUUGUGCGAGCAGUGCGACGUAUAACACCAGCAGUAGGAGAAUUGGUGAAGUGUUAUAACAUCUCCAUUUUGGCAAAAUAAUGGCCGCUUAUCUGCAUACAACGGAAGAAAUGAAUCAAGAAUAUCAAGCAGGUUUAGAAUUGGAAUCUGAAGUGUUGACACAUGCAGACAGCAACACGCCCGAGAAAGAUCAUAUUGAACUGCUUGUACAGAAGGUCGAAGAUGAUAUAGCCUACAAGCCUUCGAUCACUUCCGUGAUAGAAGAUGGAAAAUUUCAACUGAAGCUAACGCCCUCAUCGUCAAUACCCUACGAAAUAAAAAUCAACGUGAACGGGGAGAAAACUGCCAACAGUAAUUCAGUUGUUCGAGUGAAAGAGCGGCAGUUUGAAGUUGUUGGCGAACUGGAUGUUCAAGGAGAAAAGCUUAAAGGAUCCAGUGGAAUAGCUGUGAACAGCAAAGGCGAAAUAGCAGUCACAGACUUCGAUGGCCAUUUUGUCGCAAUAUUUGACAAGGAUGGAAAACGUUCUAAAACGGUUGGUCAUUAUGGAGACAACACUGGAGAAUUAAGAUUUCCUGUUGACGUCACUUACGUCAACGAUGACGUCAUCCUAGUGGCGGACGAGUGGAAUCACAGGGUACAGCAGUUUCAUAUCCGAACUGGUGAGGUUAUCAAAAGCUUUGGAAGAUUCGGUGCGAGAGAUGGAGAGUUCGCCAGUCCUGUUAGUGUCUGUUUGGAUGAUAACGGACAUGUUUUCGUAGCAGAGUUAAACAACAAUAGAAUACAAGUUUUGACACAAGACGGUCAAGCACUGUACAAAGUGGGCGACACCUUUGAUCACCCGCUGAGCUGUAUCACCCACAAAAACUUGCUUAUCGUGUCUGACAGUCGAAAUAAUUGCAUCAAAGUGUUUGAUGUUUCAGGAAAGUUCUUGUACAAGUUUGGAGAAGGUGGGGAGAGAGAUGGGCAGUUUAAAGGCCCUUUUGGUUUGUGCGCUGACAGAGAGGGGAAGCUUCUUGUAUGUGACCAGUUUAAUGGGCGCGUUCAACAGUUCACUCUGGAAGGUCGCUUUACCGGUAAGUGCGCUAUUGGUGCGCUGCGAACACCUUGGGGUAUGACAACUACGGAAGAUGGCCGUAUUCUGGUGACCGACUACAUGGCGAGGAAAAUACACAUUUUAAAAUGAGUGCUUUUAAGCUCU